GGUUGUCUUCACGCUAGCUGGUUAUCCGAACCGCCUCCUCAACAUCAAAUCUACUCUUCAUAUUUCCAUUUGCUUGCUGAUUCCAUGUGGUGUUCUUGUUCUUGGAUACUGCGGUUUUAACAAGGGUUACGAUGUUGGUAGGCUUGCUCAUAAGCCUGCUGCUGCUGACUUCUUCUGAAUCAAAGGAUCCAAAUAUCGAAGAAGAAGAAUUGGCAGCAUACAACUUCUUGUUAGCCAUAAACAGGAAGACUGAAGAAAACGACAAUAAGGUGGCUGUUGCCAGCUGGGCGUAUUCCUCAAAUUUGACAGAAGAAAAUUUACAAAACCAGCUUACUGUAGCUGCAGAAGCUGCAAAAGACGAGAAGGAAACAUGGCAACGUGUGGUUCAAUACGAUUGGAGAAGGUUUUCCGACUACAACAUCAGGAGGCAGUUUCAGUUGUAUUCAGUAUUGGGACAAUCUGCUCUCCCUGAAGAUAAACUCACCAAGCUCCAGAAAAUCAUCAGUGAUAUGGAGGCGAUAUACUCCAAAGCAAAAAUCUGCGAUCUCAAGGAUGAAAAGAAAUGUGAUCUAGCACUAGAGCCAGAUCUCACCAACAUAUUGGCCAAGUCACGGAACCCAGAAGAACUGAGUCACGUGUGGCUGCAGUGGCGUAACAGCGUGGGACCGAAAUGCAAAAACCUCUACAUCGAUUACGUCAAUAUAUCCAACGAGGCUGCCAGAAUGAACAACUUCACUGAUAAUUCCGAGUAUUGGUUGCAUUCCUACGAAGUCGAUGACAUGAAGCAGCAGGUGCAGAAUCUGUGGGAGCAGCUCAGACCGCUGUAUUUGCAGAUUCACGCUUAUGUGAGGUUUAAGCUGAGGCAGCAGUAUGGAGAGCUGGUUUCUGAGAAAGGACCUAUUCCAGCUCAUCUCUUAGGUAAUAUGUGGAGUCAGAGCUGGUUGAAUGUGGCAGACUUCACGUUGCCUUAUACAGAUGUAGAGAACGCUGAUUUGACAGCAGAAUUAGUGAAACAGAACUAUACAGUCACCAAAAUAUUCAGAACAGCAGAAGAAUUCUUCAAGUCUAUCAAUCUCACCGAGAUGCCAGAAACAUUUUGGAAUAAUUCAAUACUGAGUAAACCGAAAGAUAGAGACAUUAUUUGUCAUGCAUCUGCUUGGGAUUUCUAUGACAGAAAAGAUUUCAGGAUAAAACAAUGCACAGAGAUAACACUAGAAGAGUUCAUAGUUGCGCAUCAUGAAAUGGGACAUAUCGAGUACUUCUUGCAAUACAAAGAUCAACCAAUCAAAUUCAGAGAUGGAGCCAAUGAUGGUUUCCAUGAAGCUGUGGGUGAUUUGAUUUCUCUUUCUGUACAGUCCACCAAACAUUUGAAAAAGAUUGGACUUAUAAAAUCAGAUACCGAGAAUCCGAAGAUAGUCCUCAAUAAUCUAUACAAGGUAGGUUUAGACAAGAUCACUUUCUUGCCAUUUGGUUAUCUCAUGGAUCUGUGGAGGUGGGACGUUUUCUCUGGUAAAACCACCCCUGAUAACUACAACUGCCGGUGGUGGGAACUCAGAGAGAAAUAUCAAGGGGUGGAACCACCAGUGGACAGAUCAGAAGACGAUUUCGAUCCAGCUGCGAAAUAUCACAUCAUAUCAGACGUUCCUUAUCUAAGGACGGCUUGUACAAAUAUGACCGUUUAUAAAAAUACAACAUCGACAGGUCAUUCGUUCUGAUGCCACGAUGCUGAUGACUAAACCUGCUUCAAUCUUCGAUCACACGAUGAUUACGAAUAUCGAUGAGUCGUCGAUGCCGCUUGUGAUAAGGCAUUCUUUCAGGCGUUCUUCUCAAUUACGGGGUGUUUUGAACAUCGUCGCUAAAAAUAUAUUUUUCACGACUUUGUAGAUCAGACAUCGUAUCAAUUCCACUGCAAUAAUGACUCAUCACUUGUCACGUACUUCAUUAGUUUCGUGAUACAAUUCCAAUUCCAUCGAGCUCUGUGCGAAAAAGCUGGACAGUACGAACCACAUAAUUCGUCGAAGCCUCUACAUGAAUGUGACAUUUAUCAAAAUACCGAAGCUGGUAAUGCUCUCAAGAAAAUGCUGGCUAUGGGUGCCUCUAGACCAUGGCCAGAUGCGAUGGAAACCUUGACUGGACAGAGAAACAUGGAUGCCAGUGGACUAUUAGAGUAUUUCAAGCCAUUGCAAGAGUGGUUAGUGAAGGAAAAUGAGAAGAAUGGUGCUCAUAUCGGUUGGGAAAAAUCUAAAAGAGUAUGCGUGAGAACAAGAAAGGAACUCGACUCCAAGAAAGACGACUAGAAGGAAGUACCUAACCAUGAGAUACAACAAUUUCUAAAUUAAAUUAUAAUUCGUAUACUUCUGCAAGGAAUGUGAUAGUGAUAAUAUAUUGAACACAAAGAGA